AUGGAAGUAGCAGCUAGCGUUGCUGGCCUUAUCAGCCUUGCGGAUCUAACGUUUCGAGUUGUGUACAAGUAUGUCCGAGCUGCCAAAGAAGCGGAGAAAGAUGUCAAGAAUCUAAAAAGGGAGAUUGAGGGCCUGUGCAGUGUUCUUCGCACUCUACAGGCCCUUACAGACAUUCUUGUUACGGAGGAAGAGAAGGACAAUUCUGCUUUGAGCAUCGACAUUCUUGAACAGUGCAAGGGCACACUUGAAGACAUCAGGACCAAGGUACUAGACGCUUUCGCAUCAUUCGAGCAGAAGCAGAGCCAGAUCCUCAAGUCAACGCUUCAGAGGCUUAAGUGGCCAUUCAGUGCCACGGAAACGAAUGAAAUGCUGAACACGCUUUCUCGAUAUAAGCUCACUCUUUCCAUGGCAACAUCGGCGGAUUCUCUAUCAAAACUAAACAUCCUCCUCAACAACCAAGUUGAACACAACAUCAAGAUCGAAGAAGCCGUGAAGAACAUUGAUGGAAGCACAAAGCUCAUCGCCAACAUCGUACUUGACAAAGAGAAACGACGUAUCCUCCAUUUCUUUAUGAGCACGACUUUGAACCCGCGACAGAACCUGGAUCAGAGUAUUGAGUUGCGUGAGCCGACCACAGGUACCUGGCUCAUGGCAAGCAUGGAACUCCAGAGUUGGUUGACUAACUCGGGCUCUCUCCUCUGGUUUAAUGGCAUCCCUGGAGGUGGAAAGACUAUAUUGGCUGGACUCGUCAUCCAAAAAGCUAUGACGAGAAACUCGGAUGAAGUCGGAGUGGCUUUCUUCUUCUGUGACUACAAGAACCCAGCAACCCUACGUCUAGUAAAUAUCCUUGGAGCCAUCGCUGUUCAGCUUGCACUCCAGAAUGACGCUUCGUACGAAAUUCUGGAAAAGUAUCACGAAGAUCUCAAUCCACCAAACGACCUCGCUACGACCCCAGACGUGGAUGGUUUAGAACGCAUCAUUGCAUCUAUGAUCAAGACCUUUCGUCAAGUCUUGAUAGUGGUUGAUGGACUUGAUGAAUGUGGAAAUGAGAUGGGUAGUGUGACCAUGAGUCUUGCCGCUUUUGCUAGUCUGGAUACACCUGCAUCAGUCGCACUUUUCAGUCGCCAGGAGCCGAACAUUCGUGCAAGAAUGGGAAAUGAUUUCAAUGAGAUUCCGAUUGAAGCCCAUACCGAAGAUGUUGAAAUCUAUGUCAGGGCAGAGUUGGAAAAACGGAUUCAAUCUCGACGCCUUCGUUUGAGUGACCCCGAAACAGCGCACAAGAUUGAAGAGGAACUUGUUCGGAGAGCUGACGGAAUGUUUCGUUGGGUUGCUUGUCAGUUAGAUUCUCUAUGUGACCUGUUCACUGAUCAGGAUAGACUUGACGCACUCAAACAGCUGCCGGAAACCUUGCAUGAUAGCUACAGGAGACUCUUGGAAAGAGUUAAUACCAAGCCUCGAACGACACAAAAAAGGGUUCAACUAUGCCUCCAAUUUAUUGCCUUUUUCCCCAAGAAACUAUCAAUUUUGGAGCUGUGUCAAGCUGUCUCAACCCCGGAAGACAUCGGAGACACUCUAAACAGGGGCAAUAUUGUCGUUGAGGAAGAUAUCGUGCACUACUGCAGUAGUUUGAUACGAAAGUCUGCGAAAGGAGAUGCGUUCGAGUUCGCCCAUUUUUCCGUUCAGGAAUUUCUCGAGUCAGAUAUGGCUGGCCUAGAAAAAUACAGAAUCUCACGACGGGAGAGCUCAUCACUUCUCGCCCUUCAAUGUCUAAAGUUUGUUCAACUCGGAAACAUCGACGUAUUGACUGGCGAUCGAAAGAAAUUUCUCGACAAGCAAAAAGACUUGGACAACGAACUUCCUUUUUAUCGGCAUGCCGCUGCUUACUGGCCGAUGCUUCUUAGCCCCAAGAAGUCCAGUCAGUCAUUGACACAAGAAGCCACAGAAUCAUUAUUCGGCGAAUACUUCUCACCGAAGCUACGGACUUGGAUUUACUGGUUCCUGGCCACUCUAUGUGAGAUUAUAUACACCAAUUGUCCAGCUACCAAUUGCCCAGUUGCUGUUGACAUUGCUCUGGAUGAGCAAAUUGAACCUCUUCAUCUGGCUUCUGCCCUUAACAUGCCUGAACUAUGCAUUCGCUUACUGGAAGACGGGGCUGAUCCAAAACUCAAUAGUCGGUUGGGCCCUCCCCUUCUUGUGGCAGAGAUUUCAUUUUUAGAAGCUUUGAAAACGGACGUUGAAGAUCUCGCUGUCGACUCCGAAGUCUUCUUGCGUCUUUUACCGACUGCUAAGCAACGGCAGUCAACGAUUAAUUGCCUUAUGAAGGAAGCAAGUUUGUCGGAUAUCUCCGAGCAUCCAUCGUUAUUCUCGUAUACUGUGAUAGUUUCUUGUCAUCUCCAAGACUUCAGGCCAGUCAUCACACUUUUGUCCAGCGGAAUAACUCCCACGACGGCCGACAUAGACCUAUUUGGAUCUUACCUCAGUAAGUGGUGGUCUCACUGCGAAAGCCGCUUCAAUCUUGAAGGAUCCCAUCAAAAGAAAGCUUUGUUAAAAUUUGAGGCAUCCAUUCGUGCUCUCAACAGACACCUUCAAGACACAUCCGCCUUUGAACAUGAAUGGGGGUUUGAGUUGGGAAAGGUUCUCUGGACCAAGGCUGUUUCUAUGGAACUGUCUUUCACAAGAGAUCCUAGUCUCACUCACCGAGAAAUUUCCAUAUCUUUGGAAACGGUGCGAGAGAGAAUCAUGCUGGCCAUUUCCAGCGACUCACCUCAUUCGCUGUCGGAUCACCUUGAAGAUAGGCGAGUUUCUGUCUUUGACUCCUGGUCUUGGGACGAUUCCACAUCCCGAACUCUCUUGCACCACGCCACUAGUCGUAACGCUCUCCAAUGCGUGGACCUCCUUUUAGGCAGGGAAUGUGAUCCAUAUGCUCUAAGUGGUAAAGGUGUCCCUGCUCUUCAUGAAAUCGACAUUACGAAGAACGGUAGCAUCAUAGACACAUUCUUGGCGCACGGUGUAUCUUUACUGGGCACAGACAGCAACCAGUGGACCUUGUGGCAUGUUUGUGCAUAUGAUGGUGAUUCUAGCGCCGACUUCAUGCUAAAACUAUUCACUGCAAAGCCUGAGGAAACUCGAAUCGCAGUUUUAAUGAAGGAUGGCGAUGGCCAUACGCCGUUGGCUUUGGCACUCUCGAAUGACCUCGGCCCUAACUCAGAUUUCGAGGAACUUGAAGACAAUGCCGUCUCCUUUAUCAAGCACUGUAGCGAUGUGCCUGGAUUUUGGGGCCAACAUGAUCCUAUACUGCCUCGGGCUUUUAAUUUCGGCUCCGAGAAGGUCAUGAAUCGUCUUUUUGAACUUGGCUUUAAGCCAGACCCAUUUAUAGCUGGCAACCUCACUCCAUUACACGAACUUGGUGCAAAUGUAUCGCCCGCUUGGGUCAAGUUUCUCAUGGCAACAUUUCCCGGGGCAGUGGAGUGUAGAUACUCCGAUAGGCUCCCCAUUGAGAACUAUGCCGAUGCAUGUGUCAAGGAAGGGGAAUCUGCAGAUGAAGAGGUGCUUGGGAUGCUUGCCUCGACUACUAUUCUCCAGUCUCGAGACCCAAAUGGAGUGACACCAUGGGAAUACUCUUGCUACAACAUGGUCAGACUACGUCGUCAGGGUGACAUAUCUAUCAGUUCUUGGAAAUCUCUACGACUGGUCUGGGAUUACUACAUUACUCUAGGGGCCUCGAGAGCACAUGAAGAAGCAGUAGGGGAGUGUGGAACAGGUACGCUGAUGUCAGCUCUACUAGAAUAUUUUCAAGAUUGGAGAGACAACAAAGUUUUCUACAACCUUGACUCCCAUAUGGUCGAAAAGGCCAUACUCGCGUCCAAGUCCUGGAAUCCUUCGGUCAACACUAUCGUUCAUUUUCUCAUCUUAUCAAUCCAAUGCGGGAGAAAUGACAUGGUAAAAGUACUUCUCAAGCAUGGCGUAGACGUACAUCAACGCAUUGAUGGAUACCUCUCGGCAAUUGAGGCAGCCUGUGAUACAGAGACUGCCACGGACCUUUGUUCUACAGAACGAGGCCGAAAUGUGCUCGAAUCACUUCUGGACCACUCCGACCAUCGUAAGUUGGGAGAGUUGGAUAAUUUUGGUCGCGGACUAGGUUUACUACACAGAAUUGCUUGCACAGGCCAGGAGCCACAUGUGCGAUGGUUAAUGGGGGAGCUUGUUCGUAGGGGAGUCGACGUUAACGGCUUUAGCCUUGAGGCUGAUGGAGACUUUCGUAUGACGCCCCUCAUCCACCAUAUCUACAAAAACUCGAUAUGCUAUGCUGGAUAUUUACUGGAACUCGGGGCAGACCCCAGCUUCCAUACGAAUAAUGACGUCGGCGGGCACGACAGAUACAUUGAUGCAGUACCAUUUGCUACACAAAAUGGCAAUAUCUCUUUCCUUCGAAAGCUAUUUGACUUCUCACAAACUUUGGCCCUCAAAUCUUGUCAGACGUCCUAUACCGCAAAUGUAUAUUAUGGACGAGCAACAUGGAUUAUCAAUGUCAGCAGUCUACAUCUCGCCUGUCACCGUGGACUUUAUGAAAUCGCCGAGUUUUUUGUCAAGAACAAGCUUCUUGCUUACAACAUAACGUCGGAAAAGGGCCUCACACCUCUACACAUGGCAGCACUCGGUGGCCAUCCCCGUAUAAUCAAUUACUUGAUAGAGCAAGGACAAGAGGUUGACACUUUGACCUCAUUACGAACUACACCACUGCAUUGCGCCGCUGUGAAUGGACACCUUGAAGCAACCAAAGCUCUAUUAGCUCAGCAUGCACGAGGAUCAACGGAUGCAUUUUCCUGGACUCCAAGAAUGGUUGCAUCGAACAUGGGGCAUGGAGACAUCGCCGAUCUUCUCGAUGCCAAUCUUUGCAUGUACGAUGAGAUGGAAUCUGAACUCAUUCAGGCUCAUCGGCACAAACAGAGGCUUCUCGGUCAGAUGAGAGAAGCAAUUACCUCUGGUAAUAUCCCAGAUUGCCGCACGAUCGCUGCAAAUGGGUGUCCACUGAAUGAACCUAUUUCGCGGUGUGAUGGCUCUACCCCUUUGGAUUUGGCCUUGGAGAUGAUGCAAUUGCAGACUGCCAUGACACUGCUUGAUCUAGGAGCCUCAACUUUGAAGCACUCUUAUAUCGUACGAGGUUAUAAACAAAGCGUACUUGAACAAGCAGCUUCCCGCAGCGACUUGGCCAAUCUACUACCAUACCUGCUAGAUGGCUAUUUGGAACAGGGCGGAGAUUUGACUAACGGACCUGACUCACCAAUAUUCUUCGCUGCCAGGGAGAACGUGAACGGGAUGCGAAUUUUGUUGACUUUUUUGAGAAAACAUUACCAGAAAUCCGGAGGUCGACAUAGUCAUGAGAUUUCAGAGGCUCUCGACAGGCGACUACCAUUACACACUUUUGAAGAGACUAGGUGGGAUGAAGUCACGGCUCUUCAUGUUGCUGUCGAAUCCGACCAGAUAGAGAUCGCUCAGCUACUGUUAGAAAGCGGAGCUAACGCUGAUUCAGUCAGCACCUUUGGCCUCGCUCCGAUUCAGCGAUCCAAGUCGUCGGAUAUGACCUCUUUGCUUAUAAGUUUCGGUGCAUCUACAGUGCCAGUGCUGACAAUGUCACUUGGGGAGGUGAUGCACCACUGGCGAGGCUCUGCAUCGGAGAUGGUCAAAUCAUUAGACAACAUAAGCAUGGUAGAAGAUACAAUGCAGAUGAUGCACGUACAAGAGGUAUGGCUUGGUCUACAUAUGCAUGCCCAACGAUGCAUGUUUCCUAUGGCGGACUGGAGAUAUAUUCUGGCAGCGCGGCAUCUCCAAGGUUAUUUGAGAGAAAAUCUUGGAUCGGAUUCCAGGCUAACAAACUACCUUCUCGGCCUUCCCACCGGUCACUGCUUCUUUCUGAACGGUGAUUACCAGCUCGAUACGUUGGAACCAUUCCCCUGGUAUCAGUCAGGUGGAUACAGUUUCCAUCAAAUGCUAUUUCUCCGAAAGAACUUCAGGUUCUUUCAACGACGAUUCUCCAGGUCGGCUUUUAAGCAAUGGCUCAAUUUGGAGCCAGACCGUGGUUGGAGCCCUUUAUGCCGAGCCGCAUCUAUGGAUUUUCUAGACGCAAUGGAAAACUGCUUAUCAAUCGGUGCUGAUAUCGACUUUGAAGGGUGUUUUUGGGGCUCAGCAUUGAUGAUCGCCAGCGCUUGUGGGAAACUCGCUGCAGUCAAGUGUUUGGUUCGGGCAGGGGCCAAGAUUGACUACGUUGGGAGAAGAGGGCAUACUAGUGCGUUGUUGCUCACCGUUUCUAAAGCUGUGAAGCAAUGGCUGCUAGUCGGGCGGUUCAUUGAGCAGAAGAAGAUGGCGGCGGCGACAGAGUGUGACAAAAAUCAUUCGAUGGAGCAAAUGGGGCGGCGGAGUGGUAUUGCUAAAAUCAAGGUCAGGUUGAAGGAAUUGUAUUACAGACGGUACGGAGAAUCAAGUCUUGACUACUUGAGGAGACUUGACCGGUUGAAGUUGGAGAUGCGUGGAAGGAUUCCAUAUUAUACGGACGGGGUUAUAUACGAGGAUACAAGUUAA